AUGAAGGACUUUGAGGAGAGGGCACUGGAUUCGGCCCCACACAAGCCCAUAUGCUGGUUUCGAUAUGUGGACGACACCUUCGUCAUCUGGAUCCACGGACCUGACAACCUGAAGGGUUUCCUGAACCACUUAAACAGUAUCAACCCAUGCAUUCAGUUCACCAUGGAAACCGAAAGUGAAGGCCACCUCCCCUUCCUAGACAUAGAUAUUUACAAGAGACCCGACGGCUCUCUAGGCCAUACAGUAUACCGCAAACCCACACACACAAACCUGUAUCUUAACGCCAAGUCCCAUCAUCACCCUUCCAGUAAACAGGCAGCUCUGUCCACACUGGUACAUAGGGCCAGAGCUCUGUGCGAUCAAGAGAGUCUGAGAGUCAAGAUAUCCUGA